AUGAUCCCUGGAGAGCAGGCCAUGCGUCACAGGAGAAGGCCGUCCAUGUGAGGAUCUGAAGGUCUAGACGCUGCUAACCGACCCUUCGCCCCUCCUCCCCCCCUUCGAGGGCGCACUCCUUCGACGCCACGACGAUAAGGACGGCCGCGACGUAUGUACCAAGUCGGACGCGGACCCGCGUGAGCCCAUCGACGUGGGGUUCUGCGCCCGCGCAGUAGACACGGCAAUUAAGCCCCAGGUGAGGCCAUAACAUGGGCAUAGUCGUCAUGCUGCACAUGCUCUGCCCGGUGCUCUUCGUCGUAGGCAGACAGAGCGACGAGGGCCCAGGCAAGGUCUAGACCCGGCGGCGGCAUGAGCCACACGGGGCUAUCGCUAGAAACCGGCAAAAGACUAGGUGCAGGCCGCCCCUACGUAGAUAGCAAUGCUGCAUGGCCUCGCGGAGUCCUCGUCCUUACCCGCGGUCCCCAUCUUCGUUCUCGCCGUCGUCCCCAAUCCUCGCCGGCUUUACUAGCGAGCCUGUAAUGGAGGUCUGCUCACUUCUCCGAGACGACAAGCUUGUGCGACGGGCAGCCGAUGAUGGACUGCGACAGUUACGAUUCAACCAACUCUCACGCGCCGGCAGAAAGAGGGCUGGGGGAGGAACGGGGGGGGAAGGGAACCUCCCUCGAUCCAAUUAGGCAUCUAGGAUAUACGUAGGUAAGUAGGCACAAUGCACGCCAGAUACGGAGGCUGCUGGAUCUCCAGAGGCAGCCCUGGUUGUCGCGGAACCGGCGCCGCUCUAACGCUUCACCACGCACAUACCGUGAGUGGCCAAAUCUAUGUGGACAUGUUGUAUGUAGGCACACAUGCCGUCCUUUUCUUGUGGCAAGUACACAUACGGACGUGGGGUGUGUAUGCGCAGUACAUAUCGGCUGUGCGGACUUACGGGUUCUGUCGGCACUGUGCCUCAAGAGUGGCAGUAGCAAUAGCAGUAGCCGUCGGAGUAGUGUCGCAAUUAUGCAUCGCUCGUUUGUGCGUGCCGUCGGCUGCAGAUUUCACGCGCUCUCACUCUCUCGCGGCGGGCGGCUCCAUGGCGGGGACGACGUCGAGGACGGGCAGCCAUGGCCAUCGUGGCUUUGCCCAACGUCGGCAACCCAGGGUUGCGACCGAAGACGGCCGGCGCGGCGGCUCUGCGGUGUUUGGAUCCAACCCAGAGGAGGGGAGGGCGUCAGCUGAAGAAAAGCUCGGCAGUGACGUCGCUGUGGUGCACCGAGACGCGAAAGAGCGGAAGCGGUUGAGCCAGCCAUGGUUUCACAGGGCCAGCAGUAGCGGUGGAGGUGUCGGCGAGGUGGGAUGGCUCGACGGUAUUUGCUGGCGCGCCCGACGAAAGGCACAGGAGGGCAGUCAUGGGAACGGAGGAUUGGUGACCUGGACGGCUGGGCGGCUGAGAAGGCGGUAAGUCAAAAGGUUUGUGUUGCGUCGAGCUGUCACGGAUGCAUAUAGGCUGUGAUGCGCGAUGCAGAAUGCGAAAAUACAUGCGGAAGCCGGGCUGUCGGCCUUCUCUGCUCGACAGCGUCUUGCAUCGGGCGUCGCCAGAGGAUACGAGGGGUUUGCAUGGGCGGGUAGGGAUCCAUGGGACGAUUCAUCAUCCCAGAGUGGGCGAGGUGCCACCUCUCGAUGAGGCUCAAACGAGCGAGAGGAGGGGAGGGGAGGGGAAGGGAGACAGAGGACAGCAGCAGCAGCAGCAGCAGCACGAGGAGAGGUGGGAAGAGGUGACAAAAUGCGUCUUGCGUUACUCCCAGGGAGCGAGAGCGCGUCAAGCGUGGACGGUGAUGAGAAUGGCGAUGGUAAAGUGGUG